AAUUUUUGACUAAAACCAGAGAAAAGUCUUUGUCGGAUAGCUCUUCGUCGAAAAAUGGUAAAAGGGAUACCACGCAAAGUAGUAACCGCAAAUUUUCCAUUUUAGGCGGAUGGAAGGUUUUGGAGGAAAGUGCGCAAGAAGAAUCGCGGACAUUACAAGAUGUUUUUUGCCUUCAACUUCUAGUUCGAAGCGUUUGCCUACGCCAGGACCCGUCACACAUAGCAAAGCGUCACGUACCCAUUCUGACAUUACAAAUCCAGAAGUUGAAGCAAUGCCAGAAACUGUUAAUACUGUUCGCAAAAAGAAACGACAAAUUGGUAAUGCCAAAAAGUGGAUUCAGUUUCUGCUCUCCAGGAAAUAUCUGUGAGUGAGACGAACCGUGUUGCUGAUGUUGAAACUACGGAAGUGCUCUUACCUUCUGCACAGGAACCUUCUAAGCCAAAGCCGAAAAAAUCUCGUAUCGAAUCGACAGCGAGGAAAUGUCACACUCGAGUAAGAGAUCCCAAUUUUAUAUCGGAAUCUGACAACGAAUCACGCGUUUCAGCUUCAAAAGCCCUACCGCGUAAGAAAGCACCAGUCAAAAGCAAGGUUGCUGAUACUGUUUCUCUCGAAGAAAAUACAACGGCAAAGUGUUCCUCUGAAAAUUUUCCUGCAAAGAAAACACAAUCUACCGGCAAAAAAUCAAAAACAAAGAAAUCGACAAAAACCAUUUCUAACGGAAAAAAAGAGCUACCCACUUCAAACGAAUUGAAUUCCUCAGAUUCUGUAUCUGCUGAUGCACUUAUCGAAAAAAUCCUUGCUGAAUCUAGAAGUUUCACUUCUAUGGCAACGCCUGGUACAGAAAAGCCAAAGGCGAAAGUAACUCGACGCAAAUUGUCUACGGAUUCACGCCCGUCAAAAAAAGCAAAAAUUUCCGAAGAGCCAAUAGAUGUCGCACUUUCCGUCGAAGAAAUUAUGUUGAAAUAUUCUGGCGAUGACAGCACGGAGGGUAAAUCGAAAGAUAUAACCUCUACGAAACGUUCAAAAUUCAAAGCUGGGUCAAAGCCUCUUGGCGAGUCAUCCGCGAUGGACAAGAAAUCAUCGCCAAAGAAGAACAUCAAGGUAAACAAAUCGAAGGAAAACAGAAGCAAAACAAAAUCGUCGGAAAACGGCGACAUUGAUGUACCUAAUCCGGAAGCUACCAUGAAGACCUCAGCAACAGCGAAAAAGAAGAGUGCAAAGAAAAUGACUUCGGUUGCUCAGGAGUCAUUUUCGGAAGAAUUCGAUCCACUGAGUUUCGUAGAAGAACUCCUGCAUGAGAGCCAUGGUGCUUCCCGGAAUUCCAUGCCACCUACCUCACCGCCUAAAGGGAAACCUGUAAAGGGACAGAAAGCAUCAGUUCAAGAACCUAAAUCUGUAGCUAAACGGCCAUCUAAACAACGGAAAGCUCUUUCAUAGUUGCUAAAAUACGUUCGUUAAAUAUUUUUAUUUAGAAGUAACUUAAGAAAAAACUAAAAAACUCCAUUAAACAAAAUGAUAAUUUCCCGAAAACAAUUUUCUGCUGAAAAACGGAAUAUUUGCUCAAAUCUGUGGUAAUCCGAGUGGAAUCACAUUGCUAUGAAUAUAUAUACAUUUCGUUAUA